AUGGAGCCGCCGUGCGGCUGCUGCGAGCGGCUGGUGCUCAACGUGGCGGGGCUGCGCUUCGAGACGCGCGCGCGCACGCUGGGCCGCUUCCCGGACACGCUGCUCGGGGACCCCGCGCGCCGCAGCCGCUUCUACGACGGAGCGCGCCGCGAGUACUUCUUCGACCGCCACCGACCGAGCUUCGACGCCGUGCUCUACUACUACCAGUCGGGAGGGCGGCUGCGGCGGCCCGCGCACGUGCCCCUCGACGUCUUCCUGGAGGAGGUGUCCUUCUACGGGCUGGGCGCCGCGGCCCUGGCGCGCCUGCGCGAAGACGAGGGCUGCGCCGUGCCUCCCGAGCGACCCCUGCCGCGCCGCGCCUUCGCGCGCCAGCUCUGGCUGCUCUUCGAGUUCCCGGAGAGCUCGCAGGCCGCGCGCGUGCUCGCCGUCGUCUCUGUGCUUGUGAUCCUCGUCUCCAUCGUCGUCUUCUGCCUCGAGACGCUGCCUGACUUCCGAGACGACAGGGACGACCCGGGACUCGCGGCGGUGGCAGCUGCCACUGGCCCGUUCUUAGCGCGGUUGAAUGGCUCCAGCCCAGUCCCAGGAACUGCAUCCCGCCUGCCCUUCCAUGACCCAUUCUUUGUGGUGGAAACCCUGUGUAUCUGCUGGUUUUCCUUUGAGCUACUGGUCCGCCUGGUGGCCUGCCCAAGCAAAGCGGUCUUCUUCAAGAAUGUGAUGAACCUUAUUGAUUUUGUGGCCAUCUUGCCUUAUUUUGUGGCACUGGGCACUGAGCUGGCCCGACAGCGGGGUGUGGGUCAGCCUGCCAUGUCCCUGGCUAUCCUGAGGGUCAUCCGAUUGGUACGUGUCUUCCGGAUUUUCAAACUGUCCCGGCACUCGAAAGGUCUACAGAUUUUGGGCCAGACACUGCGGGCCUCCAUGCGUGAGCUGGGUCUCCUCAUUUUCUUCCUCUUCAUCGGUGUGGUCCUGUUUUCCAGUGCAGUCUACUUUGCAGAAGUGGACCGAGCAGACACCCAUUUUACCAGCAUCCCUGAGUCCUUCUGGUGGGCAGUGGUCACCAUGACUACAGUAGGCUAUGGAGAUAUGGCACCUGUCACUGUGGGUGGCAAGAUAGUGGGUUCUCUCUGUGCCAUUGCAGGCGUGCUGACCAUCUCUCUGCCCGUGCCUGUCAUUGUCUCCAACUUCAGCUACUUUUAUCACCGGGAGACAGAGGGCGAAGAGGCAGGGAUGUAUAGCCAUGUGGACACGCAGCCUUGUGGAGUGUUGGAGGGCAAGGCUAAUGGUGGGCUAGUGGAUGGAGAGGUGCCUGAACUCCUGCCUCCACUUUGGGCCCCUCCUGGAAAACACAUGGUGACUGAGGUGUGAGGGACAGCUGAGGUCCCUAGGAAGGAGGGAGGGAGUGGGGGAGCCAAGGGAGGGAACUGGGUUUAGGAAGGACUAGGGUGCUUGGAAGCACAGAACCUUAUUGGGUCUGGUAUCAUGUGGCUCCUAUAGGAACCCCUUAAGUAGCCAUGGAUAGCUGUGGUUUGGGGGUAAGUCCAGUGUACCUCCAUGGGGCAUAUUUCAGAGUUGUGCAAGGAUCAUGGGGCCUUUUGGGGUAGCCACUGAGACAGGUUUUGGUUGUGUUAUGUUGUGAGUUUCCUCAAGCCGUGUAGGGUGUUGAAAGUGAGUCUGGGUACAUGUCAUCUGACUGUAUGUGGCAGGGUUCUGUGGCUUUAAGUCCCUAGGGCCAUGCCAGCUCAUGUCUGGUUAGUCUCCAUGGCAGUGCUGACAUCGAUCACAAGUGGUUCAUAGUGGUGGUAUGUUGAAAUGUGUGCAAGAGCAGGUGGCCUUGUAUUUCUGUGUGGACCAUGUUUUAGAUUCAGUGAGGUUAGGAGUCUUAUAGGUAGAAUGUGAGCACCUAUAAGUCCCCAUGAGUUAAGCAGAUUGGAGCAUGUUACAGCCUGUAGUUUUAGGGUCCUCUGGGAUGUAUGGCAUUAUGGGAUUAGAGCCUUUCCAGGGCCAUGCUGAGCUGAGCUGUGUGGAGAUGUGUGACCAUGCCACUAUUGUGAAAAACCGUAUACUUGGGCUUGAUGACUGAUGGGGUGUCAUGGGUCCACAGUGAGUUGUGUCACUAUCAGUGCUAUAGGGAUAUUGAGUUGAAUGAGGCUGUGUAUGAGAGCCACAGAGCCAUGUUGAAAAUGGUAACACUCCUGGCAUGGUGGCACACACCUUUAAUCUCAGCAGUUGGGAGGCAGAGGUAGAAGGAUCACCAUGAGUUCGAGGCCAGCCUGGAGCUGCAGAUUAAGUUCCAGGUUAGCCUGGGCUAGAGAGAGGAGCCUUACCUUGAAAAACCAAAAAAAGAAAAGAAAGACACUAGGACCAGGACCCAAGGGUUCACAACAUGUACUCUGGCUGGGUAAGUAACUCACUUGAUAGAGUAUAUUUACCUAGCAUGCACAAAGUCCUAGGUUCCAGGCCGGGCGUGGUGGUGCACGCCUUUAAUCCCAGCACUUGGGAGGCAGAGGUAGGAAAAUCACUGAGUUCCAGGUCACCCUGAGUCUAC